CACAUUGUACACAAAAUGGUGGUAGUGCCAUGGAAAUGGCUCAACUAUAAAUGAUCCAACUUUUCUUCGGUAAAAUAAACAAUAUUGGAUAGAUUUAUGAAUCAAAAUGCUUAUCUACGUCGAAAGCAAGGCUUUUCCGAACAAGACCUUCACCUUGGUAUGUAACUUACAUGAUACCAUUGCUAGAGCCAGGGCUCAGAUGCUACACAUCCUCUAUGAAUUAGGAAGAGAAGAACAUCAGUUUAGGUUCAGGUUCAAGGGGGAAUAUCUCAGAGAUGCAUACACAUUUGAGGAUUACAGAAUACUGGAUAAUUCUGUUAUCAAGAUGGUUCCAAUGAGCAAAAGACGAAAAGGAGCUGGAAAUUCUACAGUAAAUCUACAUGGCUCAAGAGCUAGUUCCAUGAACAAUGAUGAUGAUGAUGUCCAUGACUUCAUGCCAACAAGCGCUAAACCAGAUAAUAGCCAAAAACAGCCUGAUGAUGUGCAGAAGGCCCUCCAUAAAGAAAUAUCCAUUUUUACUAAACGAGAACAGUUGCUUAUGGACUUCAAGAUUCUGCUUUGGAUACAUUUCCUAGCUACAAUUUUAGCUGCCACUACUUCAUAUCCAUACUCAUCUGUGUGGUCAGGUCUUUUGAUGAUCUUUGGGUUUCUUUACUGCCCUAAUUACACAAGACUUGGAGGCUUUGUUGGGAAGUAUGGCAUGAAUAAAAGCCACUUCAUGAUCUUUUUUUCUGUUGGUGCCCUGAUGAACCUGACUGCAUCACUUUUAUUGGGAAUAUAUCUAGUUUUUGAAGCAAUGCAAUAUUUGUGUGAUCAAGAGUCAACAAGUUGUAUGAGACAAAAAGAGUUGAUGUGGUGGUCAAUUAUAUUUAACUUGGGUCAGGCAUUGUGUUUAGCCGCUAGUAUUUUCAUCUCCAUAAUGCUGAUUUUCAACUUUAAAUAUGAGGUGUGUAACUUAUCAAUUGGUCCUUUUGGCCCUUCUACUCAAUACUUUAUCGAGACAAUAGUCAAUCAAAUAAAUUGGUCGGUACCUUUAUAUUCUCUGAUUGGUGUCAAUGUAUUGCCCAAUUUGCCUGUCGCAACUGUUGUCUCAAAUAGCACAUUGGAAACUUUGACAAACCUGUGCCUGUCCCAAGACAUUGCAACACAAGAAUAUGCGACAGAAGCAGUGGCAGAGAUGCUGACCAUUCCUGCUAUACAGGACUCAUUUGUGGAGCUUGGUGGUGUGCGAACACUGUGUGCACUUUUGCACAGUAAAGAUAAACGUAUCAUUAAUGAGGCACUCACAGCUCUCUCCUACAUAGUAGCUGACAGUGAAAGUAACAGACAAGCCCUCCUGAUGGAAAAUGG